AAAAAGAAAAAAGGAAAAAAAGAAAAGGUCGACGAUUUGCGUUAUUUAGUUUCCCUCGGUUCCUAGUGAUCACAUCGAUCGAAGAAAUGACAAGCUUCCGAUUCUUGUUCAGCAAUGGCGUCCUUUUGCAAGGCUCCGAAGCUCCUCCUGUCGCCACCUUCCUUGAAACUCAUCCUGGCGCUUAUACCACUACUCGGACCCAUAACAAUGCGUCGAGCAUUCUGUUUUGGGAUAGGCACAUGAAAAGGCUGACUCAAUCGGUAAAAAUUCUAUCAAAUUCGACUCCACAACUCUUGUCUGAAUCGAACAGAACAAUCAAUAAACUGGUAAUACCGUCUCCGAUUGAUUCUAUUCCUUGGGAACCAGCUAUUCGAACGCUUGUCGAUGAUUCAAUGAGAAAAGUGUUACCGAUUGCACUAAAUGAGAGAAAUGGGGAAGAAGAAUUGGCAGUUACAGUGCUUGUAAGCGUGAAUUUGGAAAAUUUGGGUGAAAGUGACGGUGUUGUGGAUGUAGAAAGAGUUAAAGAGGCUGUUGGUGUGCACACGCAUGUUGGUAAUUAUGUUCCUCGUGAAUUUGGUGUCCCGGAAAAUGGUGCAAAUCUGGCCGUCGUGGGUCGAGGAAGGGAUGCUGCUGCGGCAAAGUACUCGGAUUGGGUUAGGUGUAGGAAGUCUCUGGAAAAAUUGAGGCCUCCUUCUGUGACUGAGCUUUUGUUGUCAAACGAUGGUGAUCAGAUACUUGAAGGCUGCCUGACUAACUUUUUUGUUGUUUGCCGGAAGGCUAAUAGUGAAGCUAAAGAAGCAAGCGUCCACGAUUCUGCAAGUACACAUUCCUUUGAACUGCAGACAGCUCCCAUUAGCGACGGUGUUCUGACUGGAGUUAUUCGUCAAUUAGUUGUUGAAGCUUGUUUAAGCAUCGGCAUUCCAUUUCGAGAAGUUGCACCUACUUGGUCAAGUAAUGAAAUGUGGGAAGAAGCAUUUGUUACAAAUAGCUUGAGAGUCAUGGAGCACGUGAAUACUAUUUGCAUGCCUAACAUAUGGGACUUACUCGAGUCGAAAACAUGGCGUGAGAUAUCAUGGAACAAAAAGUCGUUUAAGGAUGCUCCUGGAAUGAUCACAAGCACAAUCCAGAAAGAGAUAAUGAAGAAAGUUGUUGAGGAAGCAUUCCCGAUUGGUUACUACUACGUAUAAAAGGUGCUAUAAACAACAACUCUUUUUAGAUCAAAAUAUGAUGAAUUGUAUGCAUUUUAGUUUAAAUGUAUGAAAUGCUAUGAGUUUAGUCAUAUGGUUGUAAAUUGUAAAUAUAAUUAGCAGCAAAUUAAGAGGCAUAUGCAAUGCAUAAACUACUACAUCCAUUCAUAGAGACCCAAAUUUACUUGUAUGCAUGUUUGUUUCUAAACCCAUUUUAAUACCCAGUUUAGCAAAGCAUCAUAGUUUAGUUUAUAAAAGUUAUGGUUUAGCAAAGCCCUUAACAUUUAUUAUUUAAAAUUUAAAAUUUUCCAUUUUAAUAAAAGUGUCUACUUUCUACUCAAAAUCAUUUAAUUCAUAUUUUAAAAAACAUGCAAAAAUCCAAAUUUGUGAUUUUGUAUGAAUAUUUAUGAAUUAAGUAAAUAGGCAAGAGACCGAAUAAACUGAUCAUACAAUGUUUACGAACUAAAAUGAAAAUAAUAAUUAGGAAAAGAAAAGAAAAAGUAAAAUAAAGAAUUUCCAAAAUUAGUUAAAAAAGGAAAGCAACGGGUGUCCAUAAAAAAAGAAAGCUCCUUUGCCGUCUUUUCUGUGCGUCUCCUCUCUCCAGCGUCCGAUC